UUGUUUUUUUCUUAUCGAUAGGAAGGCUCUAGGGCUACGUUUAUAAUCUCUUCUCGCCCCAGUUUCAAAAGUACUCAUUCAUCAUGCCAAAAAAGGAAGCAGCUGCCGAAGAGGAUCCCGAUCCAACCCCAUACCUCUUCGUCUCUCUUGAGCAAAAACGUAUUGACCAAACUAAGCCCUACGAUGCCAAGAAGUCCUGCUGGGUGCCAGACGAGAAAGAAGGUUUCCUGCUCGGAGAAAUCCGAGGAACUAAGGGUGACUUGGUCACCGUUGGAAUCCCCGGAGGAGAGGAGAAAAACUUCAAGAAGGAACAGGUGCAACAAGUCAAUCCACCUAAAUUCGAAAAAUGCGAGGAUAUGUCUAACUUGACAUAUCUCAAUGAUGCGUCGGUUUUGUACAAUUUAAAAUCCAGAUAUGUGGCUAAGUUGAUCUAUACAUACUCUGGUCUGUUUUGCGUCGCCAUCAACCCUUACAAGAGGUUCCCUGUGUACACCCAUCGUUGUGCCAAACUCUACCGUGGUAAAAGGAGAAAUGAAGUGCCACCCCACAUUUUCGCCAUUUCUGACGGUGCCUACGUAAACAUGUUGACCAACCAUGAAAAUCAAUCCAUGUUGAUUACUGGUGAAUCUGGUGCCGGAAAGACUGAGAACACGAAGAAGGUAAUUGCGUAUUUCGCGACAGUUGGUGCCAGUACCAAGAAAACCGAAAGUGACUCGAAAAAGGGCAGUUUAGAAGACCAGGUCGUCCAAACUAACCCUGUACUUGAAGCCUUUGGUAACGCCAAGACCGUCCGUAACGAUAACUCAUCUCGUUUCGGUAAAUUCAUUCGUAUUCACUUCGGUCCCACUGGUAAACUAGCUGGUGCUGACAUUGAAACUUAUCUACUGGAAAAGGCUCGUGUCAUCUCCCAACAGCCUCUUGAAAGAUCUUACCACAUCUUCUACCAAAUUAUGUCCGGAGCCGUCCCUGGAGUAAAAGAAAUAUGCAACCUUGGUAAAAACAUACUUGAGUAUCCCUUCGUAUCGCAAGGAAAGACCACAAUCCCUGGCCUCGAUGACGGCGAGGAAUUUAGAAUAACUGACGAAGCUUUCGACGUUUUGGGUUUCACCCAAGAAGAGAAGAAUGAUAUUUACAAGAUCACUGCCGCCGUCAUGCACAUGGGUGGUAUGAAGUUCAAACAGAGGGGUCGUGAAGAACAAGCUGAAGCCGAUGGCACAGAAGAAGCCGAGCGUGUGGCCAAAUUGUUAGGAAUUGAUACCCAAGGCUUUGUUACUGCCCUCUUGAAACCAAGAAUCAAGGUCGGUAACGAAUUCGUCACACAGGGUCGUAACGUUGCCCAGGUCAACUACUCCGUUGGUGCCUUGGCAAAGGCUAUGUUUGACAGGCUGUUCAAGUUCCUUGUCAAGAAGUGUAACGAAACCCUGGACACCAAACAAAAGAGACAGCACUUCAUUGGUGUACUGGAUAUUGCUGGUUUUGAAAUUUUCGAUUUUAACAGUUUUGAACAACUCUGCAUCAACUUCACAAACGAAAAACUACAACAAUUCUUUAACCAUCACAUGUUCGUACUUGAACAAGAAGAAUACCGACAGGAAGGUAUUGAGUGGACAUUUAUUGACUUUGGAAUGGACUUAGUAGCUUGUAUUGACUUGAUCGAAAAGCCUAUGGGUAUCCUCUCCAUUCUUGAAGAAGAGUCUAUGUUCCCCAAGGCUACCGACAAGACCUUUGAAGAAAAGUUGAACAACAACCACUUGGGUAAAUCGCCCAACUUCAUGAAGCCCAAACCACCAAAGCCUGGUCAACAAGCUGCCCACUUCGCCAUUGGUCAUUACGCCGGAAACGUACCCUAUAACAUAACCGGUUGGUUAGAAAAGAACAAGGACCCUCUGAACGACACCGUUGUUGACUUGUACAAGAAGGGUAGCAACAAAUUGUUGCAAGAAAUCUUCGCCGAUCAUCCCGGUCAAUCUGGUCAAGCUGAUGCUGGUGGUGGCAAAGGUCAGAAACGUCAAAAAGGUUCCGGUUUCCAGACCGUAUCCAGUUUAUACAGGGAACAAUUGAACAACUUGAUGACCACUCUGAGGUCAACUCAGCCCCACUUCGUACGUUGUAUCAUUCCCAACGAAUUGAAACAACCUGGUGUAAUCGACUCCCAUUUGGUAAUGCACCAGCUGACUUGUAACGGUGUACUUGAAGGUAUCCGUAUUUGUCGUAAAGGUUUCCCCAACAGGAUGGUAUAUCCUGAUUUCAAGCUUCGUUACAAGAUUUUAUCCCCUAAGGAAGUAGAUAAGGAGAGUGACCCCAAAAAGUGUGCCCAAGUUAUCUUAGACGCUAGCGCACUUGAUAGUGAACUUUACCGUCUUGGUCACACUAAGGUAUUCUUCCGAGCUGGUGUGUUGGGUCAGAUGGAAGAAUUACGUGACGAACGUCUUGGUAAGAUCAUGACUUGGCUCCAGUCUUGGGCUCGUGGUUACUUGUCCAGAAAGGAGUUCAAGAGGUUACAGGAACAACGUCUUGCUCUCCAAGUCGUACAACGCAACUUGCGCAAAUACCUCAAACUCCGUACCUGGCCAUGGUACAAACUCUGGCAGAAGGUCAAGCCUCUCCUCAACGUCACCCGCGUCGAGGAUGAGAUUGCGAAACUGGAAGAAAAAGCCAAGAAAGCCCAGGAAGCUUUCGAACGCGAAGAGAAGGCCAAAAAAGAACUUGAGGGUCUAUAUGCCAAGCUAUUGGAAGAGAAGACUUCCUUGCUGUCCCAAUUGGAAGGCGAAAAGGGAAGCCUUAGCGAAGUUCAAGAAAGGGCCAACAAACUCCAAGCCCAAAAGAGUGAUCUUGAAUCCCAAUUGUCUGAAACCCAAGACCGUCUCACCCAAGAAGAGGAUGCCCGCAAUCAACUCUUCCAACAGAAGAAGAAACUCGAACAAGAGAUUUCGGGCUACAAAAAAGACGUUGAAGAUUUAGAGCUCUCUCUACAAAAAUCCGAACAGGAUAAGGCUUCCAAGGAACAUCAAAUCAGAAACUUGAACGAUGAAAUCGCUCACCAAGAUGAACUCAUCAACAAACUCAACAAGGAAAAGAAACUUUCAGGCGAAAACAACCAAAAGGUAGCUGAAGAACUCCAAGCUGCUGAAGACAAAGUCAACCACCUUAACAAAGUUAAAGCUAAACUCGAACAAACUUUGGAUGAACUCGAGGACUCUCUAGAACGCGAAAAGAAACUCCGUGGUGACGUAGAGAAGGCCAAGAGGAAGGUUGAGGGAGACCUCAAACUUACUCAAGAAGCCGUCGCUGACUUGGAACGUAACAAAAAAGAGCUCGAACAAACCAUUCAACGUAAAGACAAAGAAAUCUCCUCCCUCACUGCCAAACUCGAAGACGAACAAUCUGUUGUUGGCAAACAACAGAAACAAGUUAAGGAACUCCAGGCUCGCAUUGAAGAAUUAGAAGAAGAAGUUGAAGCCGAACGUCAAGCUCGAGCUAAGGCUGAAAAACAACGUGCUGACUUAGCCCGUGAAUUGGAAGAACUUGGCGAACGUCUUGAGGAAGCUGGUGGAGCCACAUCUGCCCAAAUCGAACUCAACAAGAAACGUGAAGCUGAACUCGCCAAACUCCGCCGUGAUCUGGAAGAAGCCAAUAUUCAACAUGAAGGUACCCUCGCCAAUCUUCGCAAGAAGCACAACGACGCAGUUGCUGAGAUGGGUGAACAGAUUGAUCAACUUAACAAACUGAAGGCAAAGGCAGAAAAAGAAAAGGCUCAAUACUUCGGCGAAUUGAACGACUUACGCGCUAGCGUUGACCACUUGGCUAACGAGAAGGCUGCCCAAGAAAAGAUCUCCAAGCAACUCCAACAACAACUUAAUGACGUCCAAGGAAAACUCGAUGAAACCAACCGUACACUUAACGACUUUGAUGCUGCCAAGAAGAAGUUGUCUAUUGAGAACUCUGACCUUCUCCGUCAACUUGAAGAAGCUGAAUCACAAGUAUCUCAGCUCAGCAAAAUCAAAAUCUCGUUGACCACUCAAUUGGAAGACACCAAGAGAUUGGCUGAUGAAGAAGCUCGUGAACGUGCCACACUUUUGGGUAAAUUCCGCAACUUGGAACACGACUUGGACAACAUUCGUGAACAAGUUGAAGAAGAAGCCGAAGCUAAGGCCGAUAUCCAACGGCAACUCAGCAAAGCCAACGCUGAUGCUCAACUCUGGCGCUCCAAAUACGAAUCAGAGGGUAUUGCCCGCUCUGAGGAACUUGAGGAAGCCAAGAGGAAACUUCAAGCCCGUCUUGCUGAAGCUGAAGAGACCAUUGAAUCCCUCAACCAGAAGGUUGUAGCUCUCGAGAAGACCAAGCAACGUCUGGCCACUGAAGUAGAAGACCUUCAACUCGAAGUUGAUCGUGCUACAGCCAUUGCCAACGCUGCCGAGAAGAAACAGAAGGCAUUCGACAAAAUUAUUGGAGAAUGGAAACUUAAGGUUGAUGACUUGGCAGCUGAACUUGACGCCAGUCAAAAAGAAUGCAGAAACUACUCUACCGAAUUGUUUAGACUUAAGGGUGCCUACGAAGAAGGUCAAGAACAACUUGAGGCAGUUCGCAGAGAAAACAAGAACCUUGCCGAUGAAGUUAAGGACUUGCUCGACCAAAUUGGUGAAGGUGGCCGCAACAUCCAUGAAAUCGAAAAAGCCAGAAAGCGAUUGGAAGCUGAGAAGGAUGAACUUCAAGCUGCUCUUGAAGAAGCUGAAGCUGCAUUGGAACAGGAAGAAAACAAAGUACUUAGAAGCCAAUUGGAAUUAUCUCAAGUACGUCAAGAAAUCGACAGGCGCAUUCAAGAGAAGGAAGAAGAAUUUGAAAAUACAAGAAAGAACCACCAACGUGCUCUCGACUCCAUGCAAGCUUCUCUUGAAGCAGAAGCUAAAGGAAAGGCUGAGGCUCUACGCAUGAAGAAGAAGUUGGAAGCUGAUAUCAACGAGCUUGAAAUCGCAUUGGACCAUGCCAACAAGGCUAAUGCUGAGGCCCAAAAGACCAUCAAGCGCUACCAACAACAACUUAAGGACACUCAACAAGCCCUUGAGGAAGAACAACGUGCACGUGACGAAGCCCGUGAACAACUUGGCAUUUCAGAACGUCGUGCCAACGCCCUUCAAAACGAACUGGAAGAGUCGCGCACUCUCUUGGAACAAGCCGAUCGCGCCCGGCGCCAAGCUGAGCAAGAACUUGGAGAUGCUCAUGAACAACUCAACGACCUCUCUGCCCAAAACGCUUCGAUAUCUGCUGCCAAGAGGAAAUUGGAAUCCGAACUCCAGACUCUACACGCUGAUCUCGAUGAAUUGUUGAACGAAGCCAAGAACUCCGAAGAGAAGGCCAAGAAGGCAAUGGUUGACGCUGCCCGUUUGGCUGAUGAACUUCGUGCCGAACAAGACCACGCACAAACCCAAGAAAAACUCCGCAAAGCACUUGAGACACAAAUUAAGGACUUGCAAGUACGUUUGGACGAGGCCGAAGCUAACGCUCUUAAAGGAGGUAAGAAAGCCAUCCAAAAACUUGAACAAAGGGUUCGAGAAUUGGAGAACGAGCUUGACGGUGAACAGAGACGACAUGCCGAUGCUCAGAAGAACUUGAGGAAAUCUGAACGUCGUAUCAAGGAACUUAGCUUCCAAGCUGAAGAAGACCGCAAGAAUCACGAGCGCAUGCAAGACCUCGUUGACAAACUUCAACAGAAGAUCAAGACCUACAAGAGGCAAAUCGAAGAAGCAGAAGAAAUCGCCGCCCUUAAUCUUGCCAAAUUCCGCAAAGCUCAACAAGAACUGGAGGAAGCCGAAGAACGUGCAGACAUGGCUGAACAAGCUAUUGCCAAAUUCAGGGCGAAGGGACGUUCCGGAUCUGCAGCACGAGGAGUCAGUCCGGCAAGAGGAAAGUCUGCAACAGUAGCCGAAUAAAGCAUAACUCCACCUCCUAGACCACGUCCUAUUGAUGCCUUCGACGAAUUCUAAGGAGCCGAUUUUUGCACUGUGUGAUCAUUAUGAGAACAACCAGAACGCGAAAAGAACACACACAGCAAUACAUUUCUAUUGUUAUAUAAUAUAUAGUUAUAUACAUAAUAUACACAUACCUUAGUUUAGAAUAUAUUAUUUUAUAACUAAGUUUGUAUGUCUUUAUUUAUGUCAUAAUUCCACUUUUAAUUGUGUGAAAGUCUACUUUACGGUAAAAUGGGAGGUGUUUAUUUCUAUUAUUAGAUAUUGUCAUCAUCGAUAAAGGGAAAAAUAUUAUAGACGAAAA